GCGGGUCUUGGCGCUACCAUAGUGGGAUUCGUAAAUUUGCCUCCCGAAUGCCAGGACAAGCUGUCUUGCUAGCUGCAUUAGCUUACUCGUGGACGACGUAUGAGCUCACUAUUUGUGUGGGUAGUUAACUAUCUUGUUAAUUCAUUUCGUCUCUUGGGUCAAAGAUCUUUCACUUCCUGUAUCUCCCGAAUUCAAUUUACCAGAGCCAUAUCUGCAAUUUACGAACCCGUGAGGUGAAAACUGUUUGGAGGCUUCCUCGCUGUGUUGCCAUCAUCACAAUGUCUGGAAGUCCUGCUGUGGUAAUGCGGCUAGUGGCCUCUGCCCACACUGUGGCUGAAAAGGCUGGGGCCAUUGUGAGGAAGGUCCUUCACAGUGGAGAACUUGGCAUUGUGGAAAAGACUGGAGCUAAUGAUCUGCAGACUCUGGCAGACAGACUGGCACAACAGAGCAUUUGUGCGUCACUGUCCAGGAUUUUCCCCAAAAUCACCAUUAUUGGAGAAGAGGAGCUUCCAGCUGAGGAGAUAAAAGAAGAUCUCAUUGAGGGCGGCCACUCAGAGGAAAUCCUCCAGAAGACAUGUCCAGCAGAAUAUAGCGGGCUGAAAGAGGAGGAGCUAGUUGUGUGGGUUGAUCCCCUCGAUGGCACAAAGGAAUAUACUGAAGCGUCGAGGUGUCACCAUCACCAAACUGAGGCCCAGAUACCAAACAAAGGGUCGGACACCUCUCGGCCUCACAGCACAGCUCUCUGGCUCCUGGAUAAUGUGACAGUGCUUAUUGGUAUUGCAUACGAAGGCAGAGCUAUUGCAGGUGUCAUCAACCAGCCUUUCUACAACUACCAGCUUGGAGCAGGAGCAUCUUUAGGAAGAACCAUGUGGGGAAUGCUGGGAUUGGGCGCUUUUGGAUUUCAGCUGCAGGAAGUUCCAGGUGACAGACGCAUCGUCACCACCACACGUUCCCAUAGCAACAAGCUGGUAACGGACUGUGUAAACGCCAUGGAGCCUCAUGAAGUUAUAAAAGUGGGGGGUGCUGGGAACAAGAUAAUUCAGCUUGUUGAAGGAAAGGCUUCUGCUUAUGUCUUCGCCAGUCCAGGGUGCAAGAAGUGGGACACCUGUGCUCCUGAAGCCAUUCUGCAUGCUGUUGGAGGUAAACUGACUGACAUGCAUGGCAAUGCAUACUGCUAUAAUGCUAACGUAAAGCACAUGAAUUCUGCUGGCGUUCUUGCUACACUACGCAACCACGAGUACUACGUCAGCAGAGUACCACAGUCAGUGCUGCAAGCCCUCAAGUCAGAUUGAGGUCUGUCUCCAUCAGAAAUCGCACUGUCCCUCUGUGGCUCAGAGAUUCAGUAUUUAAUAUCCAUCCACAAAUGCAGAAACCUUUGUCUGAAAAUGUCAUAAAAUAAAAAGUAGAACAUGAUCAUAUCAAA